GCCCCAGGCCCAAGGAUAAUGAUGUGUUGUUUCUUGGUAGCAUAAUUUGUCACACGUACAUUUUUUCUUCUUCUUCUCUUGCAGAAAGCUCUGCGCUCUCUCUCUCUCUUUCUCUCCCCUUCUCCCUCUCCUACAUUUUCUUGCUGUUGCUAAUUCAUGGUGAUCAAAUGAUGUACGACAAAAUAAAUUGUAAAGAGUGACUGCUUGGAGUUGGGAACCAGAAGGUUUUUUCUGUUGUGGUUUUUUUUUGGAAGGAGCAAUCAAACCAUUUAAAAGGAAGGACAAUUGAUUUUUUUUGGGGGGAGCUUAAGUGAACCUUUACUUUGGCAGCUGGUUGUGGAGCAGGUCAGAGGAGGCUUUCUAGUCAGGUGCGUUGAGGCUGCCCGCCAUGUCAAGGUCCGGGGACCGAACAUCUACCUUCGACCCAAGCCAUAGCGACAACCUGCUUCACGGCCUCAACCUGCUGUGGAGGAAGCAGCUUUUCUGCGACGUGACCCUGACGGCCCAAGGCCAGCAGUUCCAUUGCCAUAAGGCCGUGCUGGCCUCGUGCUCGCAGUACUUCCGAUCGCUCUUCUCCAGCACCGCCGGCGGAGGGGGAGGCGGCGGAGGGGGAGGGAGCGGGCACCACCACCCCUUGGGCGUCGGACCAGGUGCUCAGGACGGCCUGCCCCCCAAAGAGCAGCAACAGCAGGAGGAGUCCGGCACGCCCUCCUCCUCGCCGGAGGACAAGCUGUUGGCCAGCCCCAGGGCCAUCAACAACCUAGUGUUGCAAGGCUGCUCGUCGAUCGGGCUGCGUCUGGUGCUCGAGUACCUGUACACGGCCAACGUGACCCUGUCGCUGGACACGGUGGAGGAGGUGCUGUCGGUCAGCAAGAUCCUGCACAUCCCUCAGGUCACCAAGCUGUGCGUUCAGUUCCUCAACGAUCAGAUCUCGGUGCAGAACUACAAGCAAGUGUGCAAGAUCGCUGCUUUGCACGGCCUUGAAGAGACCAAGAAGCUGGCCAACAAGUACCUGGUGGAGGACGUGCUGCUGCUCAACUUCGAGGAGAUGCGCGCCCUGCUGGACUCGUUGCCUCCCCCGGUGGAGUCGGAGCUGGCGCUCUUCCAGAUGUCCGUACUGUGGCUGGAGCACGACCGCGAGACCCGCAUGCAGUACGCCCCGGACCUUAUGAAGCGCCUCCGUUUCGCCCUCAUCCCGGCCCCGGAGCUCGUCGAGCGGGUCCAGUCGGUGGAUUUCAUGCGUACCGAUCCUGUCUGCCAGAAGCUGCUUCUGGACGCCAUGAACUACCACCUGAUGCCCUUCAGGCAGCACUGCAGGCAGAGCCUGGCCAGCAGAAUUCGCUCCAACAAGAAAAUGCUUUUGUUGGUUGGUGGACUGCCCCCUGGACCUGAUCGGCUACCCAGCAAUUUGGUUCAGUAUUACGAUGAUGAAAAGAAGACAUGGAAAAUACUGACAAUUAUGCCGUAUAAUAGUGCCCAUCACUGUGUUGUGGAAGUAGAAAAUUUCUUGUUCGUAUUGGGAGGAGAAGACCAGUGGAAUCCUAAUGGAAAGCACAGUACAAACUUUGUCAGCCGGUAUGAUCCUAGAUUUAACAGCUGGAUACAACUUCCACCCAUGCAAGAGAGGAGAGCCAGUUUUUAUGCCUGUCGGCUUGACAAAAACUUAUAUGUGAUAGGUGGGAGAAAUGAGACUGGCUACUUGUCAAGUGUGGAAUGCUAUAAUUUAGAGACAAAUGAAUGGCGUUAUGUAUCUUCCCUACCACAGCCCUUGGCAGCACAUGCAGGAGCUGUACAUAAUGGCAAAAUCUAUAUUUCAGGAGGUGUCCACAAUGGUGAAUAUGUUCCCUGGCUGUACUGCUAUGACCCUGUAAUGGAUGUCUGGGCUAGAAAACAAGACAUGAACACAAAGAGAGCAAUCCAUGCAUUGGCUGUAAUGACUGAUCGACUGUAUGCAAUUGGAGGAAAUCAUUUGAAAGGUUUUUCGCACCUUGAUGUCAUGCUUGUGGAAUGCUAUGACCCAAAAGGCGAUCAAUGGAAUAUUUUGCAGACUCCAAUUUUAGAGGGACGUAGUGGUCCUGGAUGUGCAGUUCUUGAUGACAGCAUUUACCUUGUAGGAGGCUACAGCUGGAGUAUGGGAGCCUACAAAUCUUCUACUAUUUGUUACAGUCCUGAGAAUGGAACCUGGACAGAGCUUGAAGGAGAUGUAGCUGAGCCACUUGCAGGCCCUGCUUGUUCUACGGUCAUACUACCUGCGUGUGUGCCAUAUAACAAGUAACAUUCUGGAAGUAUUGAAAUGAACACUGUUAAAUUCUGGAAAGGAAUAAUGGGUGACUUAAAUAUUUUAAAGAACAGAGUUCCUGGUACUAUAUACAACAAGACUCUAUCCCAACAUUUGCAUUUAUGAUUUUAAAAGAGGACGAGAUAUAGCUCCCACCUCAGAUAGACUGGUAUCUUGUCAGACAAGUAGCUUGAAUGCAUGGAACAUUGCACACGUUGACAGAUGGCCAUUUCAGAUUGAUCUUCACUUUUCUCUGCUAUAAACCCUCAUACUGAUUCUAAAUUUAAAAGGAAAAAAGAAUUCUAUACAUCCAAAUGCUGUGUGAACAAACAAGAUUAUUAUUGUGCAUUAUAUUUUAUCUGCAUGGGAUCUGUGUUGAAGUCAUGAUUUUGCUGCCAGUUAAUUCAAAAUUGAGAUACCAAAAAGCAGUGAAUUGCAGAAUUGCUUCCCCAUUUUAACCCUAAUCCAUGGCUGCUUCACAUGCUCUACAAACAACACAUCAGAAGGAAGCCCAUAAGAGGUAAUGCCAUAGUAAUGCUUUUGCUUUGAACAAAUUGGCCACUCUGCCCUUAAAUUCCCAUGCCUAAAUACAGCCAAAAAAGUGGAAGAUUUUCAGACUUACCACAACUGGUGUAACUUACCAGACUGGUGCAACUAUCUGAUUUUAUGUGCACUAGUGUAAAUCCAGAGUAAUCCAUAGAUCCUGAUUUUAUUUUUCUGUAUAGUGAAUGAAACAUUUUGGCCUAUACAUGUAUGUUAUUAUUAUUUUUAAAAGAAGAUUUGAUUAAGCUUCAAAUUAUUCCUUAAAUUAAUUCAUUAAUACCAACUGCAAGUUAACAAAGGGUUGUAUUCAAUAUUAGUCCUACUUAGGGUAGAUCCAUUGAAAUUAAUAAACAUGACUACCUUAGGUCCAUUAAUUCCAAUGUGUCCACUCUGAGUAAAACUUAAUUCAAUAAAGCCAACAUAUCAACUAAUUGAUUAGAUACCGUUUUUUUCUAUUUUAUCUCCAGAGACUGAAUUCUGUUUUAAGAUUGUGUGGUAUCGCAGGUCAUUAGCAAGUAGCUGUAAUUCCUUGAUCUCAUUUACUAUGAAAUAUUUAUAAUCUAGCUUUGUACCUUUGAUGAAAAGAAAUCUGGAUGUAGAUUUGUCAUAACAGGUGUAAUGUUUAGUUUUGCUCCACUCAACUCCAACAGGGCUGCAACUUUGGGAGGGGGUAAUUUUGAGCAUAGAAUGGAAGGAGGGUCGAGGAUAAACAUGCAUUUAAGAUCCUUCAAGAAGAAAUGUAUGUAGGAAAGGUCUGGAGCAGAGAAGCAUGGGUGUAAGAACCAUUAGCAUGCCCCCUCCCCAGUUAUAAAUUGCACUUUCUAAAAGCUGUUGACUCUCUUAAAAUAAAAAGGGGUUUAAUCAUAUAAAUGCAUAUUUAACAUCUGGUUUGGCCCUAAAUCUUUUUUUUCUACUUUAUGUAAUAUUUUUGAAGCAUGCUAGACAUGGCCAUUUCACAUUAGUGCUGUGCAAGGCUUUGGGGGAUGGAAUACUUGUCAUACCUUGUCCUGCCUCCAUCAAAGUCACAUCAGGCCUUUUGAAUGGCAUGAUUAUGUUGCCCAGGAAUUGGGAAGAACUGCACAGAAAGACUGGGGUUGAGGCCCACUGUCAGUGGAUGGAGAUGGGUUUUCUGUUUUUGCCCUUCUUAGGACUAAUGAGAUACUCAAAUACUUACUCAGAUACUGUGAACUUCCACCUCUUUUCAGCAGCCAGUUCAAAAUCUAGCCUGUAAUCUGUAUGAAAAUAUGUCUAUUCAAAAAUGCAAAGCAGUUAUAGAAUCAAGCUUAGCUUUCCAAAAGCUAUAUGUACAAAUCUCAGCAACUAUGAUGCAUAUGGGAGAAAGAAAGAGGCACCGGUAAGAGUAGCCAGAAGUCAUAAAUAGUAGUUGACCUACAGGAAAGGUAGAAAAAUCACACUUUUAAGACUUGGGCUAUUAAGAAAGUAAUAAAAUUAACACGGAUAACUAUUGGAUGUCCCCAUUAAGAGUUCCUGAAACUGGAGUACUUGUCCUGGAAACUCAACCCAUUUUUCUUAUAUCGUGCAAUCUCUGUUAGUUUGUAUUUAUUUGUGUUGUUCAGAUCAAAAGAAUUCCCUGUAAAAUAAUAUGUUGUGCGAUCAUAACUUGGGGAGGGUUUUUAGAAAUCUAUAUGUAUAUAUAAAUAUAAGAAAAGUCAACCUGUUACAACUCUAAAUAAGAAACAUUUUUAUGGCAUUAAAAAAAAAAUCAGGAUCUGCCACUGGACAUUGUCACACACCACUGUUAAAGUGCCACUUUAAUGGGAAAGAAUGGGGAAUUUCUUGUCCAUUUAAAAGGUUUUUUUUAAAAAAACAACAAUGAUAAUCAAAGUAUUUAUGAGGAAUAUAUGUAAAUCUUUCUAAUUUUCGGGAAGGCAUGACCAAGGAAACCAUACAAGUAACCAGUAAUGUAAAUUUUGUACAGUAUUAGAAUGUGUAAAUGAAGCUUGCUUGCAGAGCGAGGGAACUUUAAAUAAAACCUUAUGUACUAAUA